CAGAAAAAAAAAUAAAAAAAUCAAGAGGAACUAGGGUUCUAUUUAGGGUUGCCUUUGAUCUGUGUUCCUCUUUUUCUCUCUGUCUUUCUCUUCUGUACUUAUAUGUUCAAUAAGUAGAUUUACUUCCAUCGGAAAAAUCGUUUUUUUUCACAAUCGGAUCAAAAUUUAGCAGAUUUUAUUAGGGUUUUUGGAGCAAAUUUGACAAUAAAAUCACUGUUAAUUCCAUUGGAUUUAAGAUUUAUAUCUGAGAAUUGAAUCGAAUCGGAAUUUUUUUGUAUUUGUAAAUAUGCGAGGACAGCAGAAAUCGAAAAGGGUUACUUGGGCUUCAGAUGAUAGUCUUUGUCAGGUAAAACUUUUCCUGUCUGAAGAAUCCCCUUCCCAAGUUGGAUUAGGAGCUCAAGAUCAUCUCCAAGCAAAGAUAUCAUUGCCUUUGCACGCAGGUCUUUUGGUGUCUGAUGAUAAUUUACCACCAGGCUUUGAGGGUGCACAGCCUGCAAGCCUCUGGAAGAAUAAAUUAGCUCAAAUCCCUGUAAUCAAAUGGCGUCGUCCUCCUUCUUUUGUGUUGGAUACAAACUGGCGAGUGGUUGCGGGUGAAGAAAGCAAUGACAUGGAGGUUCAGAAACAACGGGAGAUGAGAGUUCUUGAAGCAAUUUAUCCACGUGAAUCUUCCAUUCCUCCAAAUCCUUCUAUGGGUCCUGGAGACGAGACUUUUCAUAAUGAUCAGCACACACCUGUUAUACCCAUAACUCCUGUUGAAGAUGAGGAGGUAGCAGAUCCUUCAUUUGGCAUUGCUAUACCUACUAAUGCUGUCAGCUCAGCGGCCCAGGUAAUGCAGCUUGGAGUUCCCUUGUGCAAUAGAAGUGCCGGAAAUAGCCUUCCAGUCCAUGGAAUCUCAUCACCUGGAGUAGUUCCUGGCGUGGGGCUUGAUGCUGUAGCAGAAGCUCAGGCAGCUUUAACUGCAUUCAUGGCAGACAAUGGCCAGGGAAAUCUGAUUGAUCGCGAGCUGCUCAUAAAAAUUUUGAGCGACCCAAAAAUUGUUGGGCAACUGGUUACACACCAAGGAGUAGGCACCAGCUCCCAUAGCGUGCCAGCUAUGAGUACCCAAAGUAUGGCUGCUGCUACUAACAUGUCCAACUCAAGGCCGCAGACAUCAAGUAUUACUGCUCCACCCCAACCUGUUGUUAGUCGAGCUAAUCUAUCUUUCUAUCACUCAGGUAGAACAGAUCCUCCUCCAGUUCAAGUCAGUAGAACAGAACUAGUUAUCCCCUCAGUGGCAGGUGCUCCAAACGGGUCCUUCCACUCUGCUCCAAGUAGGAUAGGACCCGUUCCCAGUUUGAGGCCUCGUGUACACGAGGCCAUAUCAGCUCCUUUACCAAGUCCAGUAGCAACCAUGUCAGCACCUACUUCCUCUAUGCCAGCACCUGUAGCUAGGGACAUCAACUAUUACAAGUCUCUCAUUCAGCAACACGGAGGAGAAAGGCAAGAAACAUUGCCACCACAAUAUAGCAACAACAACCGAAACAACCAGCAAUUAGGUUCAGUUCAAGAAUCACAAAAUAGCUAUAAUUCAAGAGAUUCAAAACCUAAGAUAAUGAAGCCUUGCAUCUAUUAUAAUAGUUCAAGAGGAUGUCGGCAUGGCGCAAACUGUGCAUAUUUGCAUGAUGCAUCCCCCCAACAGAGGGGGGUGGGUAGCCUGCCAGAGGUCCAAAGUUCAAAGAGAAUGAAAAUGGAUAGGGAGAUUACCGGUACAUAAUAAUUCAGCUGGCUCUUCCAUGUACAUUAAUUUUUUUUUCUCAAGGGAGGAAUUGCUUGUUUGCAGCUCGACCAUUUUUGCCCCUUUUUUCCCCUCCAUUCCCUACAAUGAGUCAACUUCGAUAAAUAUUUUACUUUAUGGUUUUUUAUUUCAAUUACAAUACAGAUAAGUGAUAACUUUUAUCUCUUCUUUA